AUGCAGAUAUUCGAGAAAUUCGUAAAGCCAGCGUUUAGAGUACCAACUGCCGUCUCGUCUCACCCUCGUUUUACUCGCCCCCCUCCUUCUCCUCCCCUGCCUCUCUUAUGCCCCGGUCGUCCAGCCUCCAUUGGUUCUGCAACUGAGCUACAGUCGCCUCAUGUGACGUUUCGUCUGCAUGAGUUACGGCAAAAGUUGGUGUUCGAAGUUGACCAGAGCUAUGUUGCUUAUGAGAUACCGGCCGGGAAUCUGGUCUGGUGGGCACACCAGUACAGGCAUCCGAGGCGUGAAGAAGACCGAAUUUUGUCACCUCGCAAUGGAGACACACACUCACUCAGGCACUCACGAGUCGGGCUCGGCUGA